UCUGCUGAAUGAAACCGCGAGUUUUUACACGGAGAGACAGUUGAAGAUGGAAAGGGAGGGGGCACAAAACAAGAGGAGGCGUUCUUUGUAACAUCCCCCACCCAACCCCACAGCAAUAUAAGGAAGAUGGGUUUGGUACUUCGGUGCUGAUUUCGAUGAUUCUGGUUCGAUUGUCGAGUUCUUGGUGCUGCUUACCCACCUCUCGCUUGGGCGUGGUCCAAGGGUUUGAUUCAUCGCGCGGGCUCGAUUUGAUGUUGGGGUUACGGGUCGCUGUAGUUGAAUUCCUUUCCGCUGCUGAAGCUGUGAUGAAGAUGUAGGGACCUUAUGAUUGACAUGUAAAAGCGGAGUUUUUCCCAUCAUUCUCGUUUUCUCGGACAUCUUUUCUGCCUUUUUUGCUGCUGAGAUAGGGUUGGUGACGUCCUCACUUACGUAAAAGCAUGAUCUUGCGCACAAUUUACCCGAAUCGAUCAUUGUUUUCUCUGUAAAUACAAACACCCACAAGUUCUGUGUCCAGCAAUAUAAUACAUGAUUUGCUGUGCUUAUGGCUCCAGUUGCCACUAAGCUCUUGCUCACCGACCUCGCGUCCGGCAUCGACCGCGUGCCCAACAAUUACAUCCGGCCCGAGGCUGACCGCCCAAACCUCACUGAGAUCGAGGCCUCAGAUGCCUCCACCAUCCCACUCAUUGAUCUCCAAGGCCUCUCUGGUCCCAACCGUGAUGAUGUUAUCAGACAGAUUGGUCAGGCAUGCCAACAAGAUGGUUUCUUUCAGAUCAAGAACCAUGGGAUACCGGAAGAGAUGGUGCAGGCCAUCCUGAAUAUAGCCAGGGAAUUUUUCCGGUUGCCGGAGAGCGAGAGGCUGAAGAGUUACUCCGAUGACCCGUCCAAAUCGACCAGGCUUUCGACUAGCUUUAAUGUCAAGACCGAGAAGGUGUCUAACUGGAGGGACUUCUUGAGACUCCAUUGCUACCCUCUUGAAGAGUACAUGCAUGAGUGGCCGACCAAUCCUCCAUCAUUCAGGAAGGAGGUGGGUGAGUAUUGCACUAGAGUAAGAGAUCUGGUGCUCAAACUGUUGGAAGCCAUUUCAGAAAGCUUGGGGCUUGACAGGGAUUACAUAAGCAACAACUUGGGCAAGCAUGGUCAGCACAUGGCUAUGAACUACUAUCCACCGUGCCCACAGCCCGAGCUUACAUACGGGUUGCCGGCCCACACCGACCAGAACUUAAUCACCAUCCUUCUUCAGGACGAUGUGCCUGGGUUACAUGUCCUUAGGAAUGGAAAAUGGGUUGCUGUCAAUCCCAUCCCCAACACCUUCAUUGUCAACAUAGGAGAUCAAAUGCAGGUCAUUAGCAAUGACAAGUGCAAGAGCAUACUUCAUAGAGCAGUGGUGAACUGUGACAGGGAGAGAAUCUCCAUUCCAACCUUUUAUUGCCCAUCCCCAGAAGCCAUAAUUGAACCUGCUCUGGGCUUGAUUGACCGUGAACAUCCUGCAGUUUACAGGAGCUUCAAGUAUGAAGAUUAUUACCACAAGUUCUGGAACAGAGGACUCGAGACUGAAUGUUGCUUGGACAUGUUCAAGACACUCUCGGCUUAAGAUUUAUUUAAAACUUCUGGAUGACAAUAAAUCAGGUCUGUUAUGUGUCGAUUUAUUUAAGGUUGGGUCAUGAUAUUUGUUAAAACAAUAUAAAAUUGACUUUUGAAGAUUUAAGCAUGUGAGCUGUUGGGUUCUA